GUAGAAAAACAGCUGGGCUCCCUCGGAGACCGCGCACCAUGGGAAACCAACUCUGCUGCGGGAGAAGCUGGAGCUGCCCAUCAACUCUCCAGAGGAAAAAGAAAACAGGGAGCCAACCAAGACUAUCAUCUAAGCGACGGCGGCAGCAGCAGAAGCUACCGCAGCAGCAACAGAAUGGCACCAAGGGCCCUCAGACACCAGGACACACAUAUGAGCGGGUGUUAGAGCAGCCUGAGCCGAGACAGAGGCAUCAAGGCUUCACAUCAGAGGACAGCAGCGUACAUUACGCAGACAUCCGGGUGUGCAGCCAGAGUCAGUCACGCUCUGCCGGGGAGGUGAAGCACCUGCAGUUAGAAAAUGCUACAGAGUACGCAACCCUUCGCUUCCCUCAGGCCACACCUCGCUAUGACAACAAGAACGGAACUCUGGUGUGAGCCUCGGGAGUAGGAGCCAGUUUCCGUCAUUUUGCCACUACCCCUUUGGGAAGAAUCUGCUGCCUUGGGAAGUUGGGUGGCAGCCUGGGGCAUUGACCACAUAUUUUUAAAAACUCCAGAACCCCUGGGAUUGUGAGGGUCUCCAAUCUUGCACUUUCCCCCUAGGCCUAUCACAUUUGCUGCCCUUAGCUUCGAGUUGUAUUUCGAUUAGCUAGGGGUGGAUGGGAAGCCCUGGUGGCGUAGUGGUUAAAAGUUCGGGUGCUAUCUGAAAGAUCGGCAGUUUGAAUCCACCAGGCGCUCCUUGGAAACCCUAUGCGGCAGUUCUGUUCCGUCCUAUGGGGUCACUAUGAGUUGGAAUCUACUCAACGGCAAUGGGCUUGGUUGUUUUAAUUUUUUAUUUAGGGGCGGAUGGUAUUGAGUGAGCAGAAAGGGCUUUGACCGCUACCUUCGUGCCUGUUCCCAAGAAAAGUGCAGGAAGAACAUGUCGCCCCAGAAGCACCUGAGCUGAUCUUGUUGCCUUUAAAGGUAUCUUCCGCCCACAAAAGCCAAAGAAGGGCUGGGAAAAGCAUUCUGAGUAUUUGCAUACAGUCCUCGGGAUUGGUUUGGGCUCAUUCUUCAGUGGUGGGGUCAAGGCUCCCAGACCGAAGCAGGCAAAUGGGGGCAGGGGUGGAGUCCUGAAGUCACGAGGUUCUCUUACUAUGGGCUAUAAGGACUUCUUGUCGCUGGUACUGACAGUGCAGUGGAGCCCAGAAACUCCCCCUGGCUGCACUGUUGGCUCUCGCGGGUGCGGAGCUGCAUCAAUAAAUUGCUUAAUUAAUCUAUGCCUAGUGCGUUUUCUGUGGCGGGAGAUCUACGUAAGAGCAACAAGGGUCCCGCCCAGUCCAAGGGCCUUGGAAAGCCCAGCAAGGAAGGAGGCUGGCACGCCCCCUCUCUGGCCGCAGCUGGAGGCGGAGCCAGGCUGAGGUCCAGGCGGCAGGAGGGC